UGAAGGACACUGCAUAUAAGCUCUGCGGUUUGGCACGAGCAUUCAGAUCACCCUCUUCUCUCAGAGCUUUCAGAGCCUCCCUUACCAUUGUCUGGACUGUGCACUAAGUCAGCAAGCAUGCGGGCUCUGAUUGUCUUCUGUGUUCUCCUGGCUGCUGUCUGGGCUGCCCCUUCGGGCUUCUCAUUCUCCCCAUCUGUGGGCUCAGGAUCUGGGAGCUCUUACACCAUUACAGGGGAGAGCCGCAUCACUGCAGUCAGACUCUGGGAGAGCUCACAUGUCCGUGGCAUCCAGGUCCGUUAUGGGUUCGCGUGGUCGGAUGUUGCUGGUUCUAGAAGCGGCACCGAACUUGAGUUUGAGCUGUUUGACGGCGAGUUCAUCGUUCAAGUAUCCGGCAAGUUCGCUACCUACAUCCAGUCUAUCAUGAUCGUCACCAACAGAGGGCGCUCCAUCAUUGCUGGACAGCCAUCUGGAACCAGCUUCAACAUGUACCCCGAACAUCCAAUGGCCGAGCUCCGAUUCCUGAGUGGCCGCCACAGCAGUGGUCUGCGUUCUCUGGCCACACACUGGGCAAUUCUUCCCAACAUGGCAGUAAACGGCACUUCUGAUUAAGCGGAGAUAAUCCAGAACAGCCCCAAUACCAAGGAUGUAACUGCUACUGCUUGGCCGCUGUGGAUAUUACUACACUACACUACUAUCAGGAUAUUUCGUUGGUAAAUGUCUGCUCUCUGUCUGUUAAAUAGAAUGUCUGUCAUACUGAAAUGCAGUCAAUAUGCAUAGCUGAAGUUGGGCAUUGCUUUGUGGGUGCACUUCAGUCUUGCUUUCUCCUUUUUCUGAAAUUUGCAUUAUUCGAGUCAAAUUAAGUAGGUUUUCAAUAUAUGUAGACCAGUGAAAUUAAUGUACAAUUGUAUGUAAACCCUUUCAGAGCUUUUUGGUGCAUAUGCUGGUCUUUUAAAAUGCCUCUUGAUGACUGGAAAUAAAAGGCGCAAACAGCGCAGGAAGUCGUA